AUGUCAGCGGCGAAAUUGGAGGUGGGGAACUUACAACCGGUAUAUUUGCGGCAUUCGGAGCUUCAGGAUACCCCAACGAGCCUCCACUUUUGGAAGAGCUUGGUAUCAACUUUUCGCAUAUCAAAAGGUAAAACUUUGACGGUGUUGAACCCUUUCAACAAGAAUAUAAGCCCGGAUAUCAUGAAAGAUUCCGAUUUGGCGGGUCCCAUAUUAUUCGUCUUGCUCUUUGGAAUAUUACUAUUGUUGGCUGGAAAGGUCCAAUUUGGCUACAUUUAUGGUGUUGGACUCUUUGGCAUUAUCAGUUUGCACUACUUGUUCAAACUUAUGAGUAACGAUGUGUCGCUCGAUAUCGUCAGAUCUGCAUCAGUGAUUGGCUACUGUCUACUUCCUCUCGUACUUGUUAGUGUCGUUGGAGUGGUGGUCAAUCUUGAUAAUUUGGCAGGUUACAUUCUCAGUGCGAUUGCAGUUUUCUGGUGCACAUUUUCGGCAUCCGGGUUCUUUGUUGCAGUUAUGAAACUCCACAAUGUCCGUCCUUUGAUUGCAUACCCAUUGGCUUUAUUUUACUCUGUGUUUGCAUUAAUGGCCAUAUUUGUGGAAAAGACAGAUUUAGGUAUUUAA